ACUUCCUGCUGCCUGUCCUGUCUCUGGAUCCCUCCUGCUGAGGUCACUCUCCCAUGGUUCCUGUUGUCAAUGCUGAGCCCUUAUGACCUUCUCACUCCACCCUGUUCUCUUUCUUCCUGCUUCUUCCUUUCUCCUUUCCGGCUCCCUGCACAGUCUCACACUGUCCAUUUCCUCUCUAGCCUUCAGGAUCACCUCCUGCGUUCCCAGCUGGACAAGAGGAAACGCAAAGAAUCCACCGGGUAUGGAAGCUCAGGGCUCCAGCGGCGAUAUCGCCCAGUUACUCUGCCUGGGAGUCGAGGAAGUCUCGGAAGAACAGCAUGAUGCGAAAGCAGAGGCUUUCUUUCAGGCUGGAGAGGGGAGAGAGGAGAAAGGGGCACAGGGCCAGCCUGGAACGGGAGCAGUGGGGACAGAAGGCGAAGGAGAAGAAAUAAAUGGAGAAGAAGGCCACUUUGGUCCUGGUGCUCCAGGUCCUGUGGGUGAUGGGGACAAGGAUGGUGGCACCAGGGCUAAUGGCCUGGGGCAGGAGCAAAAUGAGCCAGUUGCCGAGGGCACUGAGGGCCAGAAGAGCGUAAAGCCUGAAGAUAAGCAGACGCCCCUCCAACGCCUUAUGUCCACCCAGGGGCGGCUGCAGGAAUUAGAGGCCAUUUUGCAACGCAGUGAUUCCUCUGAUGUCCCAACAAGGGAGAACCUUGGUAGAUGGAUGGCUGCCAGUGCAUCCAGAGUGCGGAAUUGGUUUAAGAUAAGGAGGGCUGCAGUCAGAAGAAAUAGGAGGAGGAGAGCACCUAUCCCUGAACAUCUUAGGGCAACAUUUGAGUGCCCUGUUUGUCGUGGAGCAAGAUGGGGAGAAAGAUGUCCUUUUGCGGGACCAAGAUUUUGACCACAUAUGUCGGCCAUGACAACUCUUACUUUUCAGCAAUUCUGUCAGCAAUAAAGAUGUGGAUUCUCAACA